UGGGUAAAUCGAUCGUCGAGGCAGCGAACCGCCGAAAGGGAACGGUGUCACGAUUAAAAGACAAAGGACUCACGGGUUCACUGCUCCCCGGGGAAUCAUGGAGCACAGAGGCACAUCUUUUGCGAAUUCUUGUGUGAAAGUCCCGGUCAAUCCUUACAGCCGCCAACCGACGCCAUCUUACGAGCGCUCGGAGGCGAAGAGCCAAAGAUUCGGAUCCUGCGAGAGAAGUCGAAGGAUCAACUUCGCCUGCGAAAACCGUGAUGCGAAUCCUGAAGAGGAAGUGGCAAGUCCUCGAGAAACUCUGGAGAAUUUCCUCGAUUUCCUGGAAAGCAUCCCUGACUACGGAGACGUUCAUCACCUCUCGAACGAGCAGUUCAAGCAAAAACUUGACUUCUUGAAAAGGCGACAGAGAGUCCUUCUGAAGAACCUGAGGAACUGCCUCGAGAGAGAGGACGAAGAGGACGUACUGGAAGUGGUUGGAGGAAGUUCUCGCCCCGAAAGCGAGAAACUUAAGGAUCAGGCUCCGGAAUUGACCCUGAAGGGAAAGAAAUGCAAUUUCGAGGAGUCGCGCACCGAUAGUCCGGUUUUGUUCUCUUCGGGAAAUUUCGCAGGUCUGGCGAAGGAUCAGGACCUCUUGACUUAUCGGUGCAAGGACAAGGACAAAAGCGCGAAAACGAGGCGCAACCGGGAGAUUUACUCGGCGAAUAAAAGUUGGAGCACCUGGAGCGAAUCGAAAUGUUCCGAAAGUGCAGACAGCGAUGACGACAGUAUAGAGACAAAAAGUUUGCCACCUUGUAGCCCGAAAAGGUGGCACCCAACAGUGCCUAAGCCCUUCAGCUUCACCCUGAGGUGCGUUUUCAACAAAAAAUCAGACACGUUUCCCAUAAACUUCGACUUAAUCCGACUGAACCUCCGGAGACGCGUUUCAAUCCGUGUUCAUAUAUUCAGAGAAGAAGCGGAAAAGUACAUGUCCCUAGCGGAAAAAGAAACGGAAGAGAAGAGCGUCAAGGAAACCAACAAAAAGAAAACGUCGACGAAGAAACGUCGCUUUGUCAGGCCGAUUCCUUUGACGUCGAAAUUGCCUCUUUACGACAAACUGCUGGCCGCGAAAGAGGAAAGAAGCCGGCUGGUUCGCGAGGAAAGUGCGUGGAGUUUGAUGUCGCAAGUGCGACCCUUCAAAUUGGAGUGCGACCGAAGAGCCUGGAGAGCAAUGAUUCGGUCCAGCCCUGAAUUAUGUUCCUCGGGGAUCAAAAAUCCCCGCGGUACUUCAAGGUUCAAAGCCAAGCCCAUCCCGAGGAAUCUCUUCGGCACCGAGAUAUACGACCGCAUGCUGGAGGACGAGUACUACAGAGCCCUAAGGAAGAGAAUUAGAGCGGCGGAGUUGAUGAAGUCCUCGUCGUUGCCUCCCUCCAUGGCAAGGCGCGAACGAAUCAAGUCAGCGAGCACUCGCUUGGAUGAGAAAAAUUUCGACGUUUUCGGGGAAAGGGCACUCGGGGGCAGAGAAUCCACAGGGGCGAGUGUCACCCCUUUACCCUCGGAAAGGUCCCGCUCCGCGUUAAACCUCUUGUCGGCGAGAGGCAACAAUUUGGCGGCUAUUUUGCGAUGUCAAGCCUCACGGGACAAGCUGGCUCGAGAGAUCCAAGAGCGCAUGGAGGAGAAGAGCAGGGAGCAGGCUGCAAAAUUCAGAGAAGCUCUCAUUGGGCGAAAACCUGCUUGGAGGGCUUUGAGAAGUGCCGCGAGGCACGAGCACGAGAGAGACUUGGACAUCAGGGCAUCUCUUCGCCGAGACGAGGCAAGAGAACAGGCGGAACGACAUCGACUUCAGAUGGAACUGAUGCUGGAUAGAGUGGUCCAGAUUCCAACUCUCUUCGAACGCCACUCCCAGCCAACCGAAUAACGAUGAGGAAUGACGUUCCAGAGCUAUCAGUCCUUGCCUUACGCGCUAAAAUCCGACAGCGGAAAAUCGAAGAAGAAGAAGAAGAAGAAGAAGACGAAGAAGCUGAAGAGAGAAAAUUCCGGAAGCACGGAUUCCUACGGGAGUUUAGGAAAUAGUCCUCGUCCAAAUUCUGGAUCACUGACUAGCUCUUCCGGCACUUUGGCUUCUUUAAGUCGCUCAACAAAAUCGUCAGGAUCCAGAAAAUCGGAGAAAUCUACGGUUCAGUCCGCGAAUUCAGCCUCUAAGAAGAAAUCGGACCGAGGACCUCUAAAAGUCUCCAUCAAUGAAACGGCAGAGCUGAUAGAAGACUACAACAGAGAAGGCAGAUGCUCCGGCGACUCUACACCAAGCAACGAGCGCAAUGGAAAUGGACUUGAGAAUUUUCAGGACGACAUGGAGAAAAUUAAUGCGCUUAUCGAUAACGAAAAAUACUCAAAGAGUUAAAGUUAAGCAAGAGAUUCUCAACUUU